UAAUAAAUUAUCUACGUAAAUUAAUUAAUCAAAGAUGAAUACUGCCUUCAAUUAUAUCUCAGACUUAGUUACUGAUGUCAAGUCUGGAUUCGAUACUAAUUUUGACGAGGAGAAUAACGCGACUUUGAUCCAGGAAGCUGAGAAGGUCGAUACUGUCCUUCAAUCGAUGAACUUCUGUGCUGAUAAAUGCAGCAUUAAUUUCCAUAAGUUUAGUGAGGAGGACGCUAGACAGCUCAAGUGUUUUAACAGCUGUGCCACAAAGACUUUUGAAGUCAAGCAGAUCGAGUCUUACAACAGAAGUUUGUUCUAGCUAUGCGUAGAAUAGGAAUCUUAGCCUCAUGGCGUUGUACUUAUAAAUAAUUUUGUAUUUAAAACUCCAUUACU